AUGGCCAUGGACGCACUUUGGAUUUCUAUUUGCGCUUCCGUCAAAUUCAGAAGCCGCGCACCCAUUCCAGCGGUGGGAUGUUUACCUUGGUCCCCAAAUAGUUUACAGAGAUUCCAAGUUUUUUUUUAUUUUGAUUGCGUCCGGUUCCUCCGUGAGAUGACGUCGGCGGUGGGGAAGGAGAGGAUGGACAAGCGAAGGAGCUGUCGCUUCCCCGUUUUGUUCGGAGUAUUUGCGGAUCAUCCAGUUUCCAAUUGAUUGACCAAAGUUUAAAACAAUAUAAGGCAGUGACAAAAGGACUACAAACAAGAAAAUAGAAAUCAGUUUUCAAUAUGGCUCGGAAUUUCUAAAACAUUUCAUUUUAAUUUCAGUCCAAUCCUCGCGGAAUCUUCUUGGGAACCCAGAUCAUCGUCGCCUUCCAACCGGAAUAUCUCACUAAAUACGAUCGAGUUUACAAUGUCCAAUGCUUCUACAUGGAACGCCAUUGUGCCUUGGAAAAGGAGCUGCUCAUUGACAUGCCUCCCGCCCCAAUGCAAACUCAGCAAGUCCCUAUGCCCGUCUGCAGAUACGAAGUGCUGGAUGGAAGUCCCACUGGUCCUCCAGUCAUGUUCGCCAAGGUCGGGCAGAUGGUCUACCACAAAUGGACUUGUGAUUCACAGACUGAGGGGCAAUUCUGCAUGGUGGUUCACUCUUGUAAGGUCGAUGACGGAAACGGAGAUCAAGUGGAGCUGAUUGAUAGCCAAGGGUAGGUAAAAUACGAGGCCUAAUUCUUGUUAUAAUUUAUAAGCAAAGCUUUGUAUUGUACUUAAAUGAUGUUGUAGGUGUGCUAAGGACAAGUUCUUGUUGUCCAAUUUGGAUUAUGUUUCCGACUUGAUGGUUGGAAAGGAGGCUCACGUCUACAAAUACGCCGAUCGUCCCAAUCUUUUCUUUGACUGUAAGAUUUCGUUGACCGUGAAGGAGCCGGGCCAAGAGUUUUGUGAUGUAAGUAGAAAGACACAACACCUUUCAUCGUAUUUUAAAAUAAAUUUUAUUAAAAUAUCCAGAUUCCCAAUUGCCCUGAUCCACCAAGAAGAAAAAGAUCAACCGUCGAAGAGGUCAAAAUUAAUUCGCCUCAAGGUAAAGAAUUUUCGGCGGAAAUUAUUUUCUAAUCUUCAUAAAUUAUCAUUUCAGCCUCCUCGCCCGAAUAUAUUAUCCCGAAAGAGAUGGCCAUGCCUUCGGUGCCAGCUCCUCACACUUUCGAACUUCUUGAGGUAAAUUUUUAUUUCAAAAAGAGAAAUUUUUUUAGGACACCUUGUGCAUGUCGGAUUGGGGUCUCACAUCGAUUGUUUUGGUCAAUCUUCUCACCUUGGCAUCUUCCGGAGUCCUUUUCUAUUUGGGAGCCAGAAAAUCCAGAGAAAUUUCAUUUGAAUGA